GACAGUAUUGCAUUUCAUUCGAUAGAUUGAAAGCAAUCGAUAACAGCAGUCCGCAUUUUUUACUUGGUUUUCGCGUUUUUAGCAAAUUAAAGCAGCAACAUGUCGAAAGCCCAUCCUCCAGAGCUGAAAAAGUACAUGGACAAGCGGAUGAUGCUGAAACUGAACGGAGGACGCGCCGUGACCGGCAUUUUGCGAGGUUUCGAUCCCUUCAUGAAUGUGGUCCUGGACGACACGGUGGAGGAGUGCAAGGACAACACGAAGAACAACGUCGGAAUGGUGGUAAUCCGCGGCAACAGCAUCGUCAUGGUGGAGGCUCUGGACAGGGUUUAGCACCCGCCUCGGAACUAGGAUCGCCAUCUGAUCCCCUCAAGCACCUAAAUCGUUAGCCGUAGUGUCUAGUCUUAAGGCUCGCGAACAUUAUUGCGCUGUACACCGUCAGAAAAUAACACAAAUUCGUAAAUAAAUAAUGUUCUCGAGAGGAAA